AUGAAUUAAAUUUUGUAAAUACCUCCAAAGUAUUAUGCAAAUUUCAAUAAGAGUCAACCAAAGGAAUAUUGGGAUUAUGAUAAUUUUGAGAAUGAAUGGGGAGAUAGUGAUUAAUAUGAAGUGAUAAGGAAGAUAGGGAGGGGGAAAUAUUCAGAUGUGUAUGAAGGAAUCAAGUAUCCUUAAGGGACAAGAGUAGUGAUUAAAGUGUUGAAACCAGUGAAGAAAUAGAAAAUAAAAAGAGAAACUAAAAUAUUACUCACAAUUAGAGGUCAUCCAAAUGUGAUAGAGUUGUCAGACAUUGUCAGAGAUCCAUCAUCUAAAACACCAUGUUUGAUUUUUGAUUACAUCGAUCAUGUUGAUUUUAGAAGUUUGUUUCCUAAAUUAACUGAUUAUGAAAUAAGAUUCUACCUUUUCGAAUUAAUUAAAGCCUUAGACUAUUGCCAUUCAAAAGGUAUUAUGCAUAGAGAUGUAAAACCACAAAAUAUAAUUGUUGAUCCAAAAAAGAAAUUGUUAAAAUUACUUGAUUUUGGUUUGGCUGAAUAUUACCAUCCAGGACAAGAUUACAACGUGAGAGUUGCAUCACGUUAUUUCAAAGGACCAGAAUUAUUAGUUGAUAAUGUAUAUUAUGAUUAUUCAUUGGAUAUAUGGAGCACUGGAGCAAUGAUGGCAUCUAUGAUCUUUAAAAAAGAACCUUUUUUUUAAGGUUAGGAUAAUUAUGACUAAUUGGUUGUGAUAUCUAAAGUGUUGGGAACUGAAGAGUUACAAGCUUACAUUAAGAAAUAUAGAAUUAGAUUGGAUCCUGUAUUGGAAUCUAAAUUAGGAAAUUAUCCAAAGAAGGAAUGGGUUAAAUUUAUAAAUGCUGAAAAUAAACAUUUGUGUAGUGAGGAGGCUAUUGAUAUUCUCUCAAGAAUGCUCGUUUAUGAUCAUGCCCUCAGAAUCACACCUAAAGAUGCAAUGGAUCAUCCAUAUUUCUUACCUGUCAAAGGUAAAUGAUUAUCAUUAUCAUUGUUAUUAAAUUUAUCAUAAAUAAACAAUCAUCAA